AUGGUUCUGUGGAAGGACGCGACCAAGUUCAGCAUAUUCUCUUGGACGCGGCUGCAAAUAUCCCCGACAGCACUGCGUUACAACUUCCCUCUACGUCAACUCUACGUUGAAUCAUUCGUAGACAGAGGUGCAAGCGCCUGGUUUUGUGAUGGCACGUUCAAGGUGGUGCCCUCCUUGUUCUACCAACUCUGCACUAUACAUGCGCUGAAGAACGGUAUCACCGUACCCAUGGUGUACGGUUUACUUACAAACAAAACUGUGGCAACACACCGCAGGUUCUUUCAAGCCGUCAUUGACAACAUUGGACCCUGCGCUGCACAGACCCUGUACACGGACUUCGAAAUGGCCGCUAUCAACGCCGCUCGUGACACUAUUUCAGAGGUCCAAAUUCAAGGAUGCUUUUUCCAUCUUGCUCAGUCCGUUUAUCGGAAGCUUUGCCCCUUGGGUUUUCAAGCGCGUUACGCCACGGACGAAACAUUUGCAGUAAAGGAUAGUCUCUUUUGGCCUAUGAAAAUGCUCCUGGCUUCGGCAUUUCUGCCUGCUGGAGACAUUCCUGAAGCUUUUCAGGACAUCAUGGAAGCAUUUUCCCCUGAGGCGAUUCAAGUAGCGGACUACUUUGAGGAUGUUUACAUCGGCCGACCGCGACGAAACGGAAUCUGCUCCGCCCAGUUGCCUCCAAAAAUGUGGUCCGUGCAUGAGGCGACGGUGGGUGGAAUGCCGCAGACCAACAACAGUGUGGAGGCAUGGCACUACGGUUUACAGAGCAACGUAAGUUGUGCUUCACCAAAUUUCUGGGCGUUCUUAAAGUCACUAAAAAAGGAGCAAGCUAUAACGGAGCUGAAGCUCAGCCAAGCUGCAAGCGGGGUCGUUUCCACAAGGGUGUCGCGGAAGCGGGCCGGGCACGACAGGCGGCUUCGGGCCAUCCUUCAUCGCUAUGACGGGACCAACAACUUGGAUAUCGUCGAAGCAUGUGCCAGAAGAAUCUCUUUGUAA